AUGAAUUAACAAAUUUCAUGUGAUGAAUUUGAUAGCAAUCAUUCUACAAAGAGUUGUGAGAGUAAUUCAGAUGAAUAAUUGGAUGAAGUAAUGCCAACCCAAAAAAAUAACAAAAAGGUUUCCUACAAAGUAAAAGUUAAAACUGAAAUUUGUAAAUAUUGGGCCAUUGAAGGAUAUUGUCCUUAUGGUUAAUAGUGUGCCUUUGCUCACGGAAAGGACGAAGUGAGAUAAAAAGUCCAUGUUCCCUCUAAUUACAAGACUAAAACUUGUAAAAAUUACACUUAAGAUGGUUAUUGUUGUUACGGAGAAAGAUGUCAAUUCAAGCAUCCUGAGAAGAAGACAAACAAAUUACCAACUAUCCCUUACUAAAUAUUGCUAGCCAAUAUCAAUCUCUUGUUCGCUUCUAAAAGUAAAUUAUAAAAAAGAAGUAAAGGAUUACCAAAAUUAAUAAAAGAUGUGAACACUUCUAAAUGAUAAAGUACUGUAUUUAUAUCUUUGUAAAUAAGAAAUAAUCAUUA